CUGCCAACAAUCGAUCUUAGUAUUGUUGUAUAUGUUGGGGAACCGCUGGAUUAUCAAAAGUAUCGACAUACUGCUCUUUGCCUUCGGCCUAACAAUGGAGGGACAUCCAUGAUCAUUCACAUUAUUGGACCGAACAUGUCAUAUGUGCUUCAAACAAGAGAUAACUAUGACCCGAGCAUGAGUCGCAAUUUUGCCAAAGAGGUCUCGGCCGGAACGCUUAGGACACCAAUGGCAAAAACCCAGUUGGCGUCCCUCAUCUACCAAACGCCCAUCGAUAACUCAAGCCGCGAAUUCAACUGCCAGACCUGGGUAGGAGAUGCUCUCCAGAGACUGGCGACGGCUGGAUAUAUAACCCAGAAGGACUGUGAUGGCGGUAUCGAUAGGAUGGUGGAGGCGACAAUGGAAGCGAAGGAAGAGCCAGAGUAG